GAAGCCGCCGAGCGUUUAACAGCAACCAAUCGGAGGACCACAUGGAGGGAGGAGGCGGAUUGGUAUUGGUUGCCAGGAGCCUGUUGGCGCGACUAUUGGGACCAGAGGGGCUAGUCGUUUGUGUCCCAACUCUACGGCAGGGGCCUGGACUGGAAGGCUGGGUUCCGCUCCACCCUGCCCCGCUAGCACGUCUGCAGGCUGCCUGGGAUCUUGAGGCCCAAUGUCCACCCAACCCUAGCGCCCGUGCCUCCAACCAUCGCGGUCUCAGGCCCUGGGAUCAGCUGCCCCUAAUCCAAACCCCUUUUCACCCCCAACUCCAUCCCUGCUAGUGCCUGGUUACCAUGGUGAAGCUAGCAGCCAAAUGCAUCCUGGCAGGAGAUCCAGCCGUAGGCAAGACAGCCCUGGUGCAGAUGUUCCGCAGCGACGGGACCCAUUUCCAGAAGAACUACACUCUGACGACAGGUGUGGAUUUGGUGGUGAAGACAGUGCCAGUUCUUGACACAAAUGACAGUGUGGAACUCUUCAUUUUUGACUCUGCCGGCAAGGAGCUGUUCUCUGAAAUGCUGGAUAAAUUGUGGGAGAGCCCCAACGUCCUGUGUCUCGUCUACGAUGUGACCAAUGAGCAGUCCUUCAACAGCUGCACCAAGUGGCUGGAGAAGGUGCGGGCCCAGACUCCGGGUACCUUCCUCCCAGGUGUUUUAGUGGGGACUAAGACAGACCUGGCUGGCCGACGAACAGUAGAUACUACGCAGGCCCAGGCAUGGGCACUGGGUCAAGGCCUGGAAUUCUUUGAAACGUCUGUGAAGGAGAUGGACAAUUAUGAGGCCCCAUUCCACUGUCUGGCCAAGCAGUUCCACCAGCUGUACCGGGAGAAGGUGGACAUGUUCCAUACCCUGGUGUGAGGGUAGAGUGGACUGUCCCACAGGAAUGGCUGGGCUGCGCUGCUGUGAGCCCAGCAAACCUUCAUCUCUCCAGAACAUAGAAGAUGGACUUGCCUGGUACAGCUUUCAAUAAAAU